GAGCAGAUCACCAUCAUGCUGAGCUAGAUGGACGAAUCGAAAUCAUUAAUUGAUAACCAACUACUAACAGUGUGACGAACAUAUGCAGAUCCAUGCAUCCAAUAGCAUCAACGCAAUUGUAGAGUGGCAUUCUCAUGUAUAUAUAGGCAUCGAGAGGCCCUUCAGUCCAUCAAUCCAAGCAUCUCCACCAGUUCAGUUGCCUAUUCUAUCUUCUCUGCAGCCACGGAGAGCAAGAUGGGUGGCAAGGCUCUCCUGAUCAGUAUUGUUUUGAUGGGUCUCAUUUCACUGAGCUCAUGCAGGAGCCUGGGAGAGUUGUCUGAACAGAACACCUACUCAUCUGCUCCCCACUAUGGGGGCUCCCCAACUCCAGCGCACGGGUCAGGAGGUUACAAACCAACACCGACACCAACUUACGGCACCACACCGACACCGUCACCAACUUACGGCACCACACCAACACCAACUUACGGCACUACACCAACACCAUCUUAUGGCACUACACCAAGCACUCCAAGCACACCAUCCCAUGAUGUCCCUGCAGUUCCAAAGAAGCAUGAAUUCAUUGGAUCCUGCGACUACUGGAAGAAGCACCCAGAUGCUAUAGUUGCAGCUAUUGGAUCAGUUGGCAACAUCGGCAAGACAUUUGGUGUUGCAUGCAGUUUGAUCGUUGGCAAGAAGAUUGAAAAUCUGCACGAUGCCCUAUCAAACACUAGAACUGAUGGUAUAGGUGCCCUGAUACGGGAGGGAGCAGCUGCAUACCUCAACUCCAUCGUGAACCAUAAAUUUCCUUUUACCACCCAGCAGGUAAAAGAUUGCAUCAUCGUCGCCGCGACCUCUGAUGGUGCUGCUUCUGCCCAGGCUGGGGUCUUCAAGAAGGCAAAUGAAAGCCACUACUAGUUUUAAUCCUGGAUGUCUCUUGGCUAAAUUGCUUUUCCUACACGUUUUUUUAUUGGUGCUAUCUUGUGGCUGAUUUCUCAUAUUUGUUGGUAUGUAAUGUAAUAUCAAUAUCUAAGACAUAUUGGUUGUAAUAAAUCCAUCAAUUUUCCUGUUGCUUGAAUCCAUCAA